CGAUUUCGCGCUAAAAAUAGCUAAACAAAUUGUCGAAAUGUCGCUUAAAAAGGCUCUCGACGAUUGCAUGAUUGAUUUCGAUCGCUGUGUGCUGGUCACCGAUCUCCUGGAGGAGUACAAGCUGUCCUACAAGGAGGUGAACGAUGCGCUGGAGGCCUACAUUAAAGAGCAGGAACCUGCCACAAAAUUCGAGAAGAGAUUUCUAGUCCAUGGCAAGCGUAAAACGCAAGGAUGCGAUUCCGGCGAAGAUCUGUACUCUGUGGUGCUGGAGAGCAGGGUGCAGGAUUGGCUGGCCAAAGUCCAGGAUGCGGAGUCCCAGCUGUAUAGUGUGAAAAUAGCCGGUGGCACCAAAGCGCCGGCUGCAAUUUUCAAACCCAUGCAGCAUCUGGAGGUGAAGUUGGCCAAAGUGGAGCAGCGUCCUGGAGCCGGAAAGGUAGUGCCCAGCGCAAAUGGCAUGACCCACAACAAUGGAGUCAAAUCUGAAAGCACUAAAUCGGAGUCAUCGAAGUCUGUGGCUAAGUUGGAGCCUUCAAAAUCUUCACUUAAAUCAGAGCCCGCAAAGUCGGAGGCGGAAAAGCCAGCGGGCAGCAAGGGCAAGUCCUCUCCGGAGGAUAAGAAGACCUCGCCCAAGGAACAGGCCUCUAAAGCCAAGCCUGCAGCAGCCAAAAAGGGUAGCAUUAAUAGCUUCUUCACAGCGGCGGCCAGCAAGCCAAAGGAUGUCAAAGCCACGCCCAGCAAAUCGACGUCCGGCACCAUGGACAACUUCUUCAAGAAGCAGCCGGCAGGUGCCAAAAAGUCGCCACCGGAAUCCGAAGAUAAAUCCAAGAUAGAUGCUGCCAAUUCAAACAAAACGGAAGCCUCGAAGAAGAAAUCCCCCAGUCCCACCAAGAAGCCCUCAAAGGCAAACACCUCCGUGCAGCUUUUCGACGAGGAGAGCGCAGAAUCCUCCGACGAGGAGGAAAAGCUGGACAUGCUGCGACGGAAGGUGAUCGAGUCGGACAACAACUCCGAUCAGGAAAAGGCCUCGUCCUCCAAACGGCGACGAAUCAGCGACUCUGAGGACGAGGAGCAGCCACCCAAGAAGUCCGCCGAUGAAGAGUCCGCCGCAGUGGACGAGAAAAUGGAUACGGAACCGGCCAAUGAAACCUAUCUGGAUGAAGAUGGCUUCGUUAUCACGCAGCGAAAACCGACAAAAGCCAAGCCUGCCAACAAAAAGAUUUCCCCAAAGGCUGCAGCUCCCGUCAACAAAAAGAAGUCACCGCCUUCAGCCGCCAAAGCUGGAAAGGAUGCGCCUAAAACCAAACAAGCCGGCAUUAUGAACUUUUUUUCCAAGAAGUAAAUGAAAGCAUGGAAUAGUUGCUAAAUUAAGUUUAAUGGUUAGGCAUGGAAA